ACCGGACAUACCCACCAACGCGUGAGUCCGUCGAGUGCCUACACUGGAUGUUUAUGUUGAAAAAAAUAUUGAGACAUAUGAUUAGGGAAAAUGAAACAUUUUCAUUUAUUGCUAUAACACUUUCGUAAACCUAGCUUAGUUCAGCUUCAUAUGCAUAUGGUAUUGCUAAUGAGCAGACGAUUUUUUUUCUACUGACCACAGUACACACACGGGCUUGUAUAACACAAGUUCGUGGUACAAAUGAAAAUUUUUGUUGUUGACUAACAUUGAUACCCGACCAUGUUGUCGUUUUGAUAUCUCAGAAAUGCAUUCUUACAGCAUCACCGAUAAAGUGAUCAUUUAACGCAAUUUUUACAAAGUAGGAUCAUGAACGUUCGUGGUAGGAUUAAUUAGGUGAGUGAUGCCGAGCUGAAUUAUAACUGCUGAAAUAUAUAUAGGUCUUGAAAUCUGGUCUGAAUUUAUUAUAUUAUCAUACGGAGCUGAAAACAAUGACAGAACACAACCGUAAAGAAUCGAGUACUCUUAGUACUGGAAACGCAAGAUGUAAACUUUCGAGCAUUGUUGUUUUUGAUACGGAAGCGUCAUGUCUGCCGAGCCCUGGUAAAACCCCCAAAAUUACCGAAUUGUGUCUGCUGUCUGUUUUAACGGACGAACUACAAACACAAGAACGACUUCCAAGAGUGAUAAAUAAACUUCAGCUUUGUUUUAACCCAAAGAAACCCAUUGAUCCUUCAGCCUCCAGGAUCACAGGUCUCUUCAAUGAUGUCUUGGAGCAGAUGCCAUCUUUCCAGGACCAAGCAGCCCUAAUAACAUCUUUUCUGAGCAGUCAGCCAAGCCCCACCUGCAUUAUUGCCCACAAUGGACAUUCCUUUGACUUCCCUCUUUUAAUGUCAGAAUUGAAGACAGCUGUUCACAGUUUGCCAGAGAAACCUUUAAUAUACUGUGCUGACUCUUUGGAGGCAUUUAGAAUGCUGGAUGGAUUAUCUGCUAAACCUGAAUGGCUGAUGAAAAAAGAAGCAAGAAAUAAGCAGAGAUCUUCUGUAGGCACUGAAGAAAGGUCAUCAGACAGUUCACCUACAAAUGCAGCAGGAAAUCAAGCGGAGAAUGAACAAGCACCAAGAGUUUGUUCACAGUCUAGUAUGUCUGAUGACAAAACUCAAGAAAAAGUGGAGAAAGUGCUGUACAAAGAUGUUGAGAGAAGUUUACUUUCUGAAGAAAGUGAUCUUUCUGGAUGUCAGUGGUCUCAGCAUGAAAAAACACCAAACAGGCCUACAAGAACCAGUGAAUAUCCAAGCAGAGAUCUGGCAAAACAGCUUCGAAAGCGUCACAUAGAACUAUCAGAUGAAGAGCUGCAGAUAAAAGAUAGUAAAGUUGUAAGACGGCUUUUUGAUGAAUUCAAGAAGAAUGAAGAAAAUAAAUCAGAAAAGGCCUCCACUAUGAAAGCUGAGCAUGCAUUAUCAGAGGGCUCACCCUUAGAACAUAACAGCAGUGUUUUCAGAUCAAGUUUAGAAACCCAGAGCAAUAGAGUAUCAAAACCAGAAAGCUUGCAGGAGGAGGACUCUUGGCAUGGAAGCAUUUCUGACGAAGAGUUUGCUAUUUUGGCGUUGAAAGCAGAAGCUGCUCUUGAAGAGAAACAAAGGAUUACUUCCCUUGGCCCAGAAAGCAAUGAAAAAGCAGAACUUUCAACUGAACAAAGUAUCGCCAUUGGGGAGAAAGGUUAUACAGGAGAUAAUGACAAAAGUCAAAUAGCUAGUUCUUUGACGAGUAAAGAUGAGAUUACACAGCGACCUAGGCUUCAAAAAAUACGAGGAAGGAGAAACAUGUUCCCAGUCAAGUUAGAUAGCCUUUCCUACAAGCUGGGAGAGAUCUACUGGCGUGAGUUUAACCAGAGCCCUCAAGGAGCUCACUCAGCAGAAGGAGACUGUCUUACACUUUUGAAGUUAAUACACAAGAAGGGAUCAGAAUUCAUUUCUUGGGCAGAGGAGAAUGCUGUGCUGCUGAGUACAACUCAUCCAAUGCAUUAAUCCAUUAAAUUUGAGCAAGGAAAGAUUACAGUUUAAAAUUUGGGAGGUGAUGCAUCUCUGAUGUUGACUCAAAAUACCUUGUUCAGCUUGAAUGUAGUGAGUUCACAAACUUGUAUUACUGGACUGCUGGCAGAUGAUUUUUUCCAGUUAACUGCUAAAACAAAGCAUGAGACUGCAAAGUUUCCAGUUUAUUCACAUUUCAGAUUAACUACUAAAAUGAGGCAUGAGACGACAAAGCUUCCGGUUUAUUCACAUUCUUUGUUUAAGCUCGCCGAGACUAACAGCGGAUCACUAAGCAAGAGGCUAAGCGUUGGUCUUGGCAGACAGACGAUAUCCACCUAUACACGUCCAUGAUGAGUUCUUUCUGUGAAGCAAUCAAAAUGUACGGUUACAAAAAGUUGUUGGUAUUCAUGCCAUGGGGAAAAACAUUAAAUUUAACAUGAGCAACAAACAUGCUUAAAACACUGCAAAGGCUAAAGAUGUGUCUUGAAUUUUAUACAUUCUGAGAAAUAGUUAUCAGUUUUCAAUUUUGUCUCACCUAACUAUAUUUUGUUCUUGAAGCACAAAGAUAUUUGAAAUUUGUGUCAUAGAAAUACCCGCUGGACAGCUUUGAAAUACAGACGAUAAAAAAAAAUGCACGUUGCUCAAUUAUUUUUGCAAACGCUAAUCAUGAAUCUGCAUUUAAUGUACUAGAUAAAAUUGUUUUUAGUUUUAUUUGCUUAGACUUAAUAUGCAGUGCAUAUAUAUAUAAUGGAUGUUUUGUUGUAUUCAUUCAGAAAUAUUUUGAAAUGGUGCGAUUUUAAUAUUUUCUAUUUUUAUAAUGAGAUAUCUCAUUUACAAUACAUUUUUAUGUUGCAUUUACUUUGGGCUUUGAAAUUCUCUAAUGUAUGUAAGCCAAAAAGAAAAUUAUCAUAGUAUUAUGUUGCUUGGAACUUUAAUAGAUCAAUAAAAUUGAAAUAUGUAAAUAUUUUUAUACAAAGAAGGUAUUUAUUUUAGCAUUUAAACAUCCCCAGCAGUGUCAGUCCUUUAUUUCUGAUUGGCUGUAGGGAUGUUAUGACAGUCUUGAACAAUAUUAUUCCCAGUUUUUUGCUAGCUCUUUAUUCUCAUAUAUAAGCAGUCAUGCUCCUGCAUCCAUAGUUUCAGUUAUCCAUGUCAUAAUGCUGCUUUAUCUUUUGUUUCAAUGAUAUGUAAAAUAUUUUCAAAGUAUUCAUAGGUGAUGUGCCUAAUUGAGUUGUUUCUUUAUGCUGUCAGUAAUCAUUUUGCAUUGUGCAACUCAGCAGUCCUUGUCAUGUUUAUGAAUAAGUGUGAAUGAGUUAUUACCAAUGUAUACAAAACAAACUGCAUGAGUUUAUUAAGCUUAUUUCAUCUUUUUUAAAUAGUUGGGUAACACAUAUUUAGAUCGCUGCCACUAACUGUGAAUUUUAUUUGUUAAAAGCACUUUUUUCUUGCCAAAAUAGUUAUUUAUUGUAAAAUAUAAUAAGCCUGUCCAAUUUCAAUGGGUUCAGAAUAAAUCUUUUUGCUUAUUGCAAUGUUUUCCAGGAUAACACAUAUUAAGAUCACUGCCACUAACUGAAUUUUAUUUGUUAAAGGUGCUUUUUUCCUGCCAAAAUAGUUAUUCAUUGUAUAAAAAAAAUGAGCCUUUCUCAUUUUAAAGGGUUCAGAAUAAAUCUUUGCUUGCGUAUUUUUAUUGGGUUUUUGUUGGUUUUUAUUUUGGUUAUUGUUAUGUUUCCCAGGAGAACUGAGCUCUUCGUAUCACCAUUUUAUAUUCUAUAAGAUGUUUAGUUAGGGCACCAGUGCAGCCUAGAUGUGUCAAGCAAGAAAAGCCACCAGCACAAGAUUGUUAGUUUUCUGACUGGGAUUGUACAUGGUGUGAAGAAUUUUAAUGUAGUAUUCAGUUACUGAAGCAACAGAUCAUAACCUAACACUUGCAAGAUCUGUUCAAAUAUGAUUUUAGCAUCCUUACAAAAUGAAAGGCCUGCUGACCUACCACAUUAAUCUAGUUUCAGAUAUUGUCUGUGUUUGAUUGGCUUGCCACAUCUGUAACCAUCAAAGUAGGAUCUUGUGACAACGCUUCAUUUCCUCACUAACAAGCUGUACUCCUUCCUUUUGGUUUGGUUAACCAUCAAGAAACUUAAAGGAAAGGAUAGAGUGGUAGGACACCCAAAAGUAGAAAAAAAAUUUACUUACAGAUCAUCAAGAAAUUGCAAAUCAGCUAGGCUCUACUGUUGAAAUGGCUGCAUCUUCAUCACAAUAUUCUGCGGCUUUUCAACAUGUGAAAGCUUGCAAAGAAUUAACAGGAUGCAGCUUCCUAUCCAAUAACUUGGAAGCCUACAGCACCGAUUUCUCGAUGUCUGAACUUAAGCACUUUUAAAGUGCUCUCACUCGACCCCAAGACCAGACAGAAUAUCAUACCAAAUCAUAAUUAAACUCUCAGAGUCGGCAUUGAGGACAUUACUAGUGAUUUUCAAUCAUAUGUGGAGCUCAGGAAACUUUACUAGGAUUGGCAUGAGAUAUUAAUAGUCCCAAUGCUAAACCCAGGAAAAGAUCCCUCAGACCCAAAUAACUACUGUCCAUUUGUUUUAACAAAUUGUCCCUGCAAAGUUCUAGAAAUGAUGGUAAACUCAAUUGCUUUGGGUGCUAGAAGCCCAGAAUCUCAUGUCCAACAUUCAGUGUGGUUUCUAAAAAAAUUGUAGUACUACAUAUCAAACGGUCCAAUUUGAAACAUUUAUAAAAGACACCUUUAUUAAGAAAGAGCAUGUUAUAGUAUUCUUUGAUCUAGAAAAAGCUCAUGACACUGUAUGGAGGCAAGAUAUUUUCUCUCGGUCUCCAAGGCCGAUUAUCAAUUUUCAUUAAAAAUUUUCUAACAUAUCAUGUAUUUAGAGUCCAGAUACAGACACCCAUGAACAGCAGGUGGGAUUCUCAAGGAAGUAUCCUGUCACCUAUAUUAUUUUGCAUCAAAAUAAAUGGUAUCCUGAAGUCUAUUCGAAAACAUAUGGCUGCUUCGUUAUAUGUAGACAACUUUUGUAUAGGAGGAAAGUUUUUACCUGGUCUGGAGAGACAAUCACAGAUUGUGGAGUGCUAUAAAAACAUACAUUUUUAUCAUCAUUUCACUUUUACAGUUGUUCUGUAUCACGGCUUUUGAAUUUCUGCAAUAUUUUGCACUUAAAAUAGAUGAAACCUUAAACAUGUGCAUUUAUUUAAAAAGUAACGAUUUUGAACAUGUGAUUAAAUUUGUAUCGUGAAAUAAAAUCGUGUUUCUUUGCUUUAUUUUCUUCA